AAUGUCAAAGGUGAAUCAUUUGUAAGGAACAAGAUGGCGGCGAUGGACGGUUGAAGAAUGUAGUAUCGGGUUUUGGCGGUACUUUUAACUGUAAGAGGGUCUCGGGUUUCCCUUCAUUCGAAGGUGACUUGAAGCCACAGUGCCAUAUCACCUGAUGUGUGUAGUUGUGCCAAACUUGGACAACAAUGAAGCGUGACUCAGCAACACAGGCCAGGAAGCCUGCCAGUGCCAGGAAGCCAGCAUCUGCCCGAGCUGCUCCAUCAGAGAGGUCCAGGAGUGCAGCAACGCCCUCGGGCAGGCAGUCAGCAGACAGCAUCCUGGUGCAGAGAGGACGGGGGCAGGAGAACGGAGAUGGUGAACAGAGGAGACAGGAACCCGGGGUUCGCUACAUCUCCGACGUGCUCGUCAGGAAAAUCACCGGGGAGGAAGACCUGGGGUACAUCACAAAACUUAGCCUCACUCUUACAGGGGACAAGAAGAUCAAGUACAUCGAAAACUUGGAACCUCUACGUCGACUUGAGGUUCUCAUCCUCAACAACAACAUCAUUGAGAAGAUUGAGCGUCUGGAGAGGCUUACAAAUCUUCGGGAGCUAAGCAUCGCUUCAAACAGGAUAAGUGUGAUAGAGGGCUUAGAGACACUAACAAACCUACAGGUACUGAAUCUGAGUGGAAAUAGGAUAGAGCAUAUUCCUUCAUGGAUGGGUAAAAGAUUGAAGGCUCUUAGAGUUCUACAGUUAGCAAGGAACCAGUUAUCUUCCCUUUCAGAAGUAGCAAGGUUAAGGCCCCUACCUGAUCUCAUCCACGUGACCAUAGCUGAGAACCCAGUAUGCGACAUGCCCCACGCUCAUCUCUACACAGUUUUCUGUCUGAGGGGUCUAGAGAGGCUGGACAGAGCCCAGGUUACAGACCAAGAUAGGCAAGAGGCAAAGGCUCGGUUUGGGCAGGAAGAGAUACGCUCACUGGAGAGAUCCCUGGACCAGAAGGAGAAGGAACUGCAAGCGCUCCAAGACGAACACAACGCAACACUUGAAGAGCUACAGGUCAGCACCGGGCGAGAAAAGAGGCUCAAAAAGAGUGGUUCAGAUCAGGACUUUUCAAUACAAGAGCUUGAGAAUCAGCUAGAUGCCAAAGAUGAGAUACUGCUGAGGAAAACAGCCGAGCUAGCACGUGCCUGUCAGAAACAGUAUGAAUUAGAGCAGGAGCUUGCGUUCUACAAGUUAGAUGCCAAGUUUGAACCAAUGAGCUACCGACCUCCCCCUGAUACAGAACUUGGGGAAUCGCCAGAGGAGAGCCCCUACAUUGGUAAGGCUCGCUACAAGCGUAACAUUUAUGCGGGAGAGAGCUUCAUUCCCAGUGGGGCCCAGCCACUGCGCAUGACAGCUAUAGACAUAGAAGAUGCAGAUGACGAGGGGACUCGACGAGUCCACGAACAGCUCCACCAUGCUUUAGACACACAGUUAGGGGACAAGGAGAGAUCCAUCCAGGACGCCCAGACGCAGCUUACACGACUUCAAGAGGACCUGUACAGGAAAGAGCAACAGAUGCAAGCAGCUGCUGACGAGCUGGCAAGGCUUACAGAAGGCAUGCCAUUGGCCCAACUGGCACAGAAACUCAAACAGGUACAACAGUUACAAGAAGAAGCAGACAAGAUCGAGCAAGAGAUGGAGAGGCAGAGAGACCUGAUGAGACGACAGCAAGAAGAGAUAGAUGAUCUACGUGCACAGAUGGAUGCUCUAGAGGAAGGGACCCCAGAGAAGGCUCAUGCAAAGGCAGCUAUGGUCAGCAAGCAGCAACAGUUGGAUCUAACCAAAGAAGAAUACAAGAGGCUGCAGGAGCAGCUCAACAAUGUGCUGCAGAGGAUCGCUGAUGAGACAGCCGAACUUCAGGACCUUGAAGACGAAUUAAAAGAGGGCCAGAUGCAGGGAAAUGUGGGACUGCAGGCAGAACUGCAGGGGAUCAUCGGAGGACUACAGGACUAUCUUCAGAACACAAGAAAGAAAGCAGACAAACAACAGAAGGAAAAAGAGAAGCUUGAGAGGGAGAGAGAUGGACUCCUGCACAGAUUGAGGGAACUUCAAGGAGAGAGAGAAGAGAAGAAUGCAGCAAAGAGAAAACUGGCAGAGUUGGAGCAGCUCCUUGCUGACCAGGAUGAGGAUCAUGGCGCAUUGAGACGAGCAAAAAAUGAUCUUGAUCGACAGAAAGCCGAGGCAGAAGCCAAGUUGAAAGCCUCUCAGGCAGAGAUCGAUAAACUAAGAAGGGAACUUGGUAAGGCCCAUGAUGAAAGUAUGGCAGAGCAGGAGGCUCUUCAACAGGAGCUGGAAGAAAAAGCUAGACAAGCCAGAAACCUCAAAGACAAGGAAACAGAAGCACAGGAACUAGCAGCACAAGUAGCUGCUCUGAGGGCACAGUCAGCUGCCCUGGCAAAGCAGCUGCGCGAUGCGGAACAGGACCUUCAAGACCUCAUGGAUACCAGCAUCAAUCCAGAGGAUCUCCAGCAGAGAGUGCAAGAGUUGAAAAGAUAUGUAGAGAAAGGCACAGGAACACUGAAACCUCAAAGUGAGAGGGACAAGGUCGGGAAGCUGCUAGGAGACUUACAGAAAUCUCUCAGUGAGGCACUGGAGAAGAGAGCAAAAGACGCGGCUGAUGCAAAAAGGCGACAACAGCAAGCUGAAGCCGCCAUCAGAGCCCUUGAGGAUCAGCUAGCACAAGCCACAGACAGCUACACCCAGAGUGCGAGGGAUGUGGCUCAGCAGCAGCGGGAUCGAGGCACCAUGGACGAUGCAGAACGGAGAGCAAUGCGGGACAAAGCAAAGGGAAAAUCAGAUCUGAAUGACCUUGCCCAGCAGCUUGCUGACCUUCAGAGAAAGAUGAGGAAUGCGGAUUCCCUGACGAGGCAGCAGAUGGCAGAUGCGGAGUCCAUGGCAAACCUGCGUACGUCACGGGCGCGGGAAGAACUGGCCACUGCUCAGGACGAGAUCGGGAUGUUGCAAGAUCUUCUCGAUGACCUUCGCAACAGGCUUCGGCAACAGGAACGUAAAGCGGGUGCCAGUCAGAUGGCGCAAGAAGAUCAAGACAGACAAGUGGACAAUCUUCUAGCAGCGCUGAGGAACCAGCGCAGAGAUGCAGACAGGUUAAGGGCCACGUUGGAUAAAUUGUCAGAUGAAAAUGCUGACGACGUUGCAGCACUGAUGGCAGAAGUGAACGCACUGCGGGAUACCCUCUCACAACAAGCUCAAACAAUCGCAGCGCUGACCACACCAGCUCCGCAAUGGUACUACGUCCCAGCAAGGGGGAAGACCGGGGGAUACUGGGUGCCUUCCACGAACGGUCAACAAGUGCCUGGGGGCCAGGCUGGAGUGCCUAGUAGUAGUGUAGGAGGUUACUGGGUUCCCACUACAGGAGGAGGUGGAAGAAGUGGGUACUGGGUUCCGACAGCGAGACAACCGGGGAGCCCGAUUGUCAUCAGGUCUCCUGCGGGGCCGCCAAGGUUCUACAGUACCCCAAGGAGACGUGGUGGUGGAGGAGGAGGAGGAGGGGAUGAAGAUGGAGAUGGCAGCCCACCAAUCUUCUAUGCUCCAGCUGGAUCAGUACCAGUACCAGUGGCUGCACCUCCUGGAUAUGAAGCUGUCAUCCCUCCUGUAGUACAGACCGUCGAAGAUGAUGCAGCCCUAGUAUGUAACGUACCUGAACAUCACGACCUAGAGGAUGAACUUGCAAAGAUGAACGAGCUUCUGUCCAAGUUCAAGACGGAGAAGAAACGAAGAAAGUCUGAGAUCGAAGCUCUUGACCUUGCGUUAACACAGAAGGAAGAACACCUCCGCGAGCUUGAAGAUAAAAACGAAGAACAAGACAGACAGCUCAAAGAAACAGCCAGAAGGUUAAAAGAGAAAUCAAAGAGUGCCAAGCUAGAUGAUGAGUUUGUGGAGGAUGCCUUGGAUCAGCAUAGGCAGCUACUAGAAGAGAUAGCUUGUGUAGAGGAGACACUGUCCAAACGUAGGGCCGAGUUACGGGAGUCUGACCGCCUCUUACAGCAGUGUCGGGAGGACCUGACCAGAACAACUGCCGAGGCAGGAGACACCAUCAGGCGAUACGACGAAGCGCGUGCCAACCUUGGCACCACAGAAGAGGAUGUAAGGGAGCUCGAAAAGAGAGCUAAAGAGACAGGAAAUGAUUUACUUGAUGCGCAGGACAAACUGACAGAGCUUCAAGGGGACAUCCUACAUGCAGAAAGCAAGAGAGCUGGACUGGAGCAAGACAUAGACGACAUCAAAAGGGUCAUAGCUCAGAGAGAUGGAGAAUUCCAGGCUCUGGACAUCAAGACGAAACGGUUAACAGAAACUCUGCAAGAGUUAGAAGCACAGGUUGUGAUCACCGAGGAAAAAGAAGCAGAAAGGCACAGGGCCUUAAAGGAUGUGGAAAGAGUCCUGGCAGAACGAAAGGCUGAGCUGGGAAGGCUUAAAGGACAGGUGGAAGUGAAGCAAGGCGAGCUGGAAGAACUAGAUAAGGAUCUUGGACACAAGCAGACACAUAUUCAACUGCUGGAGGAAAAGAUAGCUGCCACCAAAGCUGAGCUGGCUUCAGCAGCUAAAGAAAGAGACACUGUGUUAACAGAGACACAGAGGGAAGUGAGAGAGUUCCAGGACCUGCUGGAAGACCUUCGUGCUGAGAGCCAAGACCUUGACACAGUUGUGAAGGACAGAAAGGCAGAGCUGACAGAAAUCAAACAGGAAAUAAACGACAAGGAAAUCGACCUUGAUGCUGUUACAACAAAGAUGGAGCGCUGUGUUACAGAGUAUAGGCAAGCCCAGGAAACCUUGAAACGGGAAAGGUCGGACCUCGACUUGGCAAAGCAGCAAGUGCGAGACAAAACGCUGGAAGCUGACCAGCUGGAAGCACUCAUACAAGAAGAGAAAACACGUCUAGAGCAAGUGCAGAACAAGAACAAGCGGAAACAAGCAGAGGUGCAGAGGUUAGAUGAACAACUAAAGGAGCAACAGCAAGAGUACGACUAUCUAUGUGAGCAGCAAAGAACUCUCCAGGCAAAUGUCAAGACAUUGUCAGACGAGAAGGUCAUGUUACAGGAGUCCAGAGAUGGGUUGAUCACCAAGACCAGGGAAUCCAAACAUCGUCUCGGAGAAACCGAGCAGCAUCUGCGGACAGCAGAAGACCAGUUGGAGCGACUACAGAGAGACGUAAGACAGGAAGAAGUGGAUUUGGCAAAACUGAAGAAGAAGGUUUCCUCUGCAAGGGAGGAGGACAGAAUCAUACAAGACAGCCUCCAACAUGCGAAAAAGCAGCUGACAGCCAUGAAAGACGACCUGCAUGACAUUGAAGACAAGUUGAGUACUGCUGAAGAAAAGUUGCGCAAAGCCGUGAGUGACAGAGAGGAGACUCUGUCAGAUCUGCGGAGGCUUAACGAAGCAGUCAGAAACUCCAGAUUAGCGUACGAUCAAGCGUCGCAAAAGGAGCGAGAACUACAGGACAGUGUAAGCAGGCAAGAGAGGAAGUUGGACAGUGACAGAGACGAUCUACAACGGAUUCAAAGCGUGAGAGGGCAGACUGCAUCUGAACUUGACCAUAUAGGAAAUGAGGUCAUUCGGAAACGUCAGGAGUUUGACCACCUUCAGGCACAGAUAACGCAGAUGCAGCACACAGAAGAGAAAUGUACGCAACUAGACCAUCAAGUGAGCAUUAUGAGUGCACAGCUGGCAGCUCUGCAGGGCGAACUGAGGAACAGAGACGAGGAAAAGACAGAGUUGGCUCAAGCCCUUAGUUCUUGUCAAUCAGAACUCGAAACCCUGCGAGAAAGUUCGAAACGGGAGCAAAUCACCCUAAACAGUAAGAUCAAGGAGCACCAGGAGGAGAUGAGAAAAUUGAAGAGAAAACUCCAGAAAGUGCAGAGUGAGUUUGAAGGGGAAAGGAAGGCUUUGAAUGAGGAGAUAGAGAAGCUGGAGAGUUUUGGGAAGAAACAACUUGACCAGGCAGGAAAGAUGGGGGAAGAGUUAAUGACUCUGAGACAGGAACAUAACAGGCUACAGCAGGAGCAUCAACUACAGCAGGAUUUGAAAAACAUCGCUGAAAUGGGGCAAAGAUCGCUCGCAAACUCGCCCACUCCAAAGAAACGUCGCACGGUGAGAAUAGCUGCCCCAGGAGAAGAGGCAGACAGGAUCGCCAAGGAACAAGAGAACCUGAAACAGCAGCUUCGUCAGCAGAUGUCUCGCCGGGCACGUGCGAUGGAGGGAGAGCGGUUCCGUAACCGUGAUCAGCUGAACGUUUUACGGGAAAGAGUACGCAACCUAGAGGACUAUGUGAGCAAUACCUCUGCAGACUCGUCAUUAGCUGAUGUGUCAGGAUUUUCUUCAUACAAUAAUUCUGGACUGGGGCAUUCUCAGGGACAUUGAGGAGAACAAGUUUGUAGUUAUACAUAAACCACUAUCAUGAGGGGUAUCUCCAUCCUGGAAUCCAUACUUUUCUAGCUCCAUUCCAUUUAAAUCUUUGGUCCUACAUGUAAUAUCAUUGAGUAGUUUGAUUAUUGAAUAUUUCUCACCAGCAGUCUAACAGGGAUUAAACUCUAAAUGCCUUUUUAAUCCCUGUUACUGUUAGCAUGCAGUUCAGGGCUGUCUUCAGGACCCAUUGCUGUCUUCCAUCAUGGAAACUUGAUUGUUUGGAUGGAUACAAAUUUCACACUAUGGCCAUUUGUCCUAAAAAAAUUAAUGCCAUUGAUAAAAAUGUAUUUUUGUAAGCUUGACAUGGAAGAUUUAACAUUGAAAAUUCACAACCAGACUCCUUAACAAUGAGUAGGAUGGAAAAAGAUUAAAGCUGGAGACAGCCAUGAUGCUGUUACAGACGGCAGUGCAACUUGGAUCCAAUCAGCCAUGUUUCAGGCAAAUAGUUGAAUGUCAAACAAUCCUCUAUUAACCAGAGGCAUGCUAUUCUGUGGCAGCAAAAGCAGCCAAUUUGGUCUGUUGUAUGUGUUCUCAGUAUUAUUUCUGUUUUGACCAGUUUCUACUUAAUUUCAAAAGUAGUAUACGUAAACAUAUUGCCACUAGAAAUGAUUUUUUGGUUGUUUCUUUUCUUUAGGAUAGGACUGUUACAGUGUGUGCAGUGAGACAUAUCUUAUAACUUGAUGUUAAAGUUAUUGUAACGUGUACAUUGUGUUGUCAUGAAGCCACUUAAUGUAUGGUUAUGGUAUUUAUACUGGUUUGCUUAUUGUUAUAAGCCGGCCAAAGUUGCCAUCUUACAUAGUUACUCUACAAG